UAUAAACAAGUGCCCGUGUCUCCAACAUCACCUCACAGAGCCCAGUGUGACCAUGAAGACAACCGCCGUAUUCCUCUGCCUGCUCGGUUUGGCCGUUGCUGUGCCCACGUUGUUUCAACCUGCCAAGGAGAUCCUGAGGUCGCCUGUCAGCAGAAUCGCGCACCCGAUGGAUGAGGUGGAGUCCCGUGUGGUGGGGGGUGAGACCGCUAGCACCGGGGAGUGGCCGUGGCAGGUGUCCCUCCAGAUCGGUACCUCCCACAUCUGUGGGGGCUCACUGAUCUCAACCACCCGGGUCCUGACAGCGGCCCACUGUGUGGAGGCUUACGUAAACCAGCCCACCAGAUACAGCGUCGAGGCUGGUAUCACAAGGGUCAGCGCCAAUGGAGAAACAAGAACCGUCACCAAGGUCAACUUGCACCCCCAGUACAGCGGGUCUAGUGCCGGAUUCCCCAAUGACAUCGCUGUCCUGGAGCUGAGCUCCCCCAUUCCCCUGGGCUCUACCAUUGCCCUGGCGACCCUCGCCUCAAACAACGAAGAUUUCCUCUCUGGAACACAGAACUGCUGGAUUACUGGAUGGGGUCGCACCAAUGUCGGAACAUCCGGAUCUACCUCAAACUCUCUGAUGGAAGCAAAGAUGAAUAACAUUGCUAACACUGAAUGCUCCAACAGAUGGAGCGGUGUUUCAGGUGCAAGCAUUUUCAGCAGCCAUAUUUGUUUGUACGAGGAAGGAAAAUCAGCUUGCAGUGGUGACAGUGGCGGACCCUAUGUUUGCGAGAAGAACGGUGCAUGGAUCCAGGCUGGAGUGACGUCAUGGGGCAUCAGCACGUGCUCCGGAACUUACCCCAGUGUCUACACCCGGGUGUCCAGCUACAGCAGCUGGAUUCAAAACUUCCUGUAACUGAACCAAUAAUGUUGAACUAAUAAACACAUAAAUUUAG